AUGAUCUCCCGUGUUUUCACCCGUAGAAUUGCUUCAACUGCAUUCAGAUUCCAAGCAGCCUCCAAGAAGAAUAUCCAACCACCAAUUGAAUUAUUCGGAACCGAUGGUGUCUACGCCAACUCCUUAUACUCUGCUACUAUCCAAGAGUCAGACAUGAGUCAAACCUACAACUCAUUGAAGAAAGUUGAGGAUGUCAUCAAAGGUGACCCCAAGUUGGAAGAGGCUUUGACCAACCCAGGUUUGUCAAAAGAUGACAGAGUUGCUAUCAUCAAGUCUGUUAACAACAGCUUGGGUUUGGACAAGACUACAGGUAACUUUCUUUUGGUUUUGGCUGAAAACAACAGAUUGGGUAACUUCCCAUCCAUUUUCAAGAAAUUCGGUAUGUUGAACGAUGCACACAAUGGUAUUGUUAAUGCCACAGUCACAAGUGCAAAGCCAUUGGAAUCCAAGAUCUUGAAGAGAUUGCAAACCUCAAUCGGUAACAGCAGCUUUGUCGGUCAAGGAAAGACUUUGAAAUUGAACAAUGAAGUGAACCCAGACAUCAAGGGUGGUUUGAUUGUUGAAGUUGGAGACAGAACUGUUGAUGUUUCCAUCUCCAACAAGGUCAACAGAUUGAACCAAACUUUGAAAGAGAACAUUUAA